CACUAGGUGUCAGUGUGAUUCAACAGCAUUCCUCGCCCUCCCACAUUUCCCUCCUCCCCCAGGUUAAGCGAGAGCGCUGUGUGUCAGUACGGAGUACAGUGUGGAAGACUUCGGAGAGAGAGUGCUGUGGUGUCGGAAAUUGUGAGCCCCUAACAUUUGGUGGACUAGAGGGGUAAUAUUCCAAUCUGGAACUGUGAGAGUCCGACAUAAAGCUGAGAAGGAGUCCCAUUUUCUAUCAUUUAAACUCGCUGCGAACUUCGUGGGAAGUGGAAGGGAAGGAUCUAGCGAGUCGCCGGCUGACAUGGCUCCGGGCAGGGGGAUCUGCUGGGCGCAGCCUGUGACUGCACUACUUGCACUGCUCGGGAUCUCUGUGACUAUCCCAGCUUUACUCGUGGUGGCUGAGAGCCUGGGUGAUGGAUGUGGACAUGUAAUGCUGUAUGAAGAAAGUGGGACUCUAACAUCCAAGAAUUACCCUGGAACAUACCCCAACCAAACCCUUUGUGAAAUAACCCUUAAAGUACAAACUGGCAAAAACCUCUAUAUUAUGCUGGCAGAUGUAGACAUAGAAUCUCGGGACUGUGAAUCUGCGUAUCUGAAAAUCUUCAAGGGAACCUCAUUUGAGGAGAUAGCUAGUUACUGUGGGGAUCAGAGCACUAUACCUAAGGAAAUCUUCUUGAAUACCAAUGAAGCAACCAUCCGUUUCGAGAGUGGAAUACAUGUGUCUGGACGUGGAUUUUUGCUCAACUAUGCAAGCAGUGAUCAUCCAGAUCUGAUUACAUGCCUGGCAAGAUCUAAUCAUUAUAAAGACACAGAAUACAGCAGGUACUGUCCAGCUGGUUGCAAAGAUAUAGCGGGGGAUAUUUCGGGAGAUGUGGUGGAAGGAUACAGAGAUACCUCAUUGCUUUGCAAAUCUGCAAUUCACGCUGGAGUUAUUUCAGAUGAACUUGGAGGACAGAUUCAAGUGAACCAGCGCAAAGGAAUCAGCCGAUACAGAGGCUUUCUAGCCAAUGGGAUCUUGUCAAAAGAUGGGUCUCUUUCAGAUCGCCGGGUUGUGUUUAGCAGUCCUGAUUGCAGCUUAUCCUUGACAUUAGGGUUUGGAAAAGAUAAGUUUUCAGCCACCUCGUCUUAUCGUUGGAAAAGUGAAACAGGGGAAAUUAUGUCUUGGCUACCUGAGAGAGCACAGCUUAACACACCAGGCAUAUCAUGGGCAUCUGAUCACCAAUCCAGUCGGGAGUGGUUAGAAAUAGACCUAGGAGAAAAAAGAAAAAUAACUGGUAUUGUAACCACAGGAUCUACAUUACCAAACUUUAACUUUUAUGUGAAAUCGUAUAUCAUCAGCUUUAAAAGGGAUGGCUCUAAAUGGAAGCUUUACAAGGGAGCUGUCAGCAAUGAGGAAAAGCGACUGGAAGGCAAUUUAAAUUAUGUGGAUAGAGCACGCAACAAUUUUAUUCCUCCCAUAGUGGGUCGGUAUCUGAGAAUCACACCCCAAGCCUGGAAUGAAAGAAUUGCUCUGAAGGUGGAGCUUGUGGGAUGCCAUUUAGCACAGACACACAAUUCAUCCACUCAUCCUAUGUGGAAGAAGACAAGUGGCCUUAACAAGAAACCACCAGUGACUGAAGAAAAGACAAUCACUGAGCUUGUUCCUGCUGAAGAAUCAAACGUGGGAUGGAAAAUCUUUGCUAUUAUUAUCCCAAUUGCACUUGCAGCAUGUGUGCUUAUUGCUGGAGUCUGUUUUUGCGCAACAAAAAGCAAAAAGUUAAAGACUGAAGCCUACAAGUCUCCUGAGGAACAGAAUGGAGGUUGCUGGAAACCUCUCGACCAACCAAUUGUACGACAACAGUCCACAGAAUUUAUCAUUAGUUACAAUAAUGACAAGGACCCACCACAGAAGUUUGAUCUAGUGAAAUGUGACUUGGAAGACUAUCAGCAGCCUGCCAUGAUCGGGACUGGCUUGGUCACACGAAAAGGUUCCACAUUCAAACCAAUGGACACAGAGGCCAAAGAAACCAUGGGAAGUCAGGAAAUUGAAAACCACUAUGACUGCCCACAUAGGAACAGGCACGAGUAUGCCCUUCCCCUCACCAAUUCUGAGCCAGAGUAUGCCACCCCCAUUAUAGAGCGUCACUUGAUUCGGGGAAAUGCUUUCACUCCUGAGUCUGGAUAUAAUGUACCAGUAAUAUCCUUAGACCGCAAGAACUCCUUCUCUGCUGUUAGUUUUUCAAUCUCGACUAGUCCAGAGAACAGCGGCGGGGACUACCAGACACCUCACUGCAUCAACACAGAAGAAUGUGAUUAUGAUCGGCCCAAGGUGUAUGGUGGAUGGGCUGCUAUGGGGAAUGACGACUACCAAAAGCCACAGAUCUGCUCCAUAGUGGCAGAUGGCUACUCUUCUCCAAGAGACUGUCUAAAGCCAAUAAACCAGACUGCAAUAACUUCUCUCUUAUAACUGUAACAAAUAGAAAAACUCCAAGGCACAUUCCUAACCUAUGUUACUACACAGCUGCUGGAAGAUGUUGUUUACACCGAUGAUACUUUUUUUUAAUAGGACAUUUUUUAUAUAUUUUAGAUUAAUGCCUGGAAAUCAUUCACAAGGGAAGAUGAUUUGAUCUGAAGGGCACAGGUUACCUUAUAUUAUGUGCAAUGUGUACAGAGAAUAUUUAAAAAGAACAUGGAUUGUACAGAUAUCACUUUUUUUUUUUGCCAGUGUUUUGUUUUUUAUGGUUACUUGAGAAAUAACGGCACACACACACACUGCUUGAAAUCUAAAAAAUAGCUUUAUGUUUUUUUAUAGUGUGUGCCAAUUGUUAAACAUUAAGCUCAUUAACACUGUGAAUGUGUAUAAAGCUUGGUUACCUGUAAAACAGGAUCCUCUGGAAAUAUAUUUUAGUCAUAAUAUAUGCUGGUUGGCAGGGUUUCAACAACACUAUGUACAUUAGAGACAAUACAUAAUAAAUGUGUUGUUCUGUC